AUGGAGUCAUCGCCCCCUCGUUAUCCCUGGUGUCUGAACAGGACAGGAGGCAGCCGCGACUCCUAUAUGACCUUCACCUACUCUCCCAAAACAGCCUGUCCUAGUGUGGAUGUGUCUGCUGCCAGCUGUCUGCUGACUGAAGAUCAGUUUCUGUGCUCCAUCUGUCUGGAUGUGUUCACUGAUCCAGUCAGCACACCAUGUGGACACAACUUCUGUAAAACCUGCAUCACUGAACACUGGAAUAUUAAUGUCCUGUAUCAGUGUCCCAACUGUAAAAAGGUUUUCAACACAAAACCUGAGCUGCAGGUCAACACUUUCAUCUCUGAGAUGGCUGCUCAGUUCAGACAGUCAGCUCAACAGAAAGCCAGCAUCAGCAGCUCAGAGCAACAAGCUGCCAAACCAGGAGAAGUUCCCUGUGACGUCUGCACUGGAACCAAACUGAAGGCCCUGAAGUCCUGCCUGGUGUGUCUGGCCUCCUACUGUGUGACUCACCUGGAGCCUCAUCUGACAGCUUCACGCCUGAAAAGACAUCAGCUGAUCGACCCUGUGGAGAACCUGGAAGGUAGGAUGUGUAAGAAGCACAAUAAACUGCUGGAGCUAUUCUGUAAGACCGACCAGAUGUGUGUCUGCAUGCCCUGCAUAUAUUCAGACCACAAGACACAUGAUGUUGUUCCUCUGAAAGAAGGAUAUGAAGGAAAGAAGGCCGAGCUGGGGAAGACAGAGGCUGAAACUCAGCAGAUGAUCCAGAAGAGACGACUGAAGAUUCAGGAGAUCAAACGCUCGGUGGAGCUCAGUAAGGUUUAUGCAGACAGAGAGAUAGCAGGUGGUGUUCAGGUCUUCAGCGCUCUGAAGGAGUCUGUUGAGAGAAGCCAGGCCGAGCUCAUCGACACGAUCAAAGAGAAACUCCUGUCCCUGAACGCUGCUCCACCCACCAAGGACUGGACAAAAGUCAGCGUUUGUCCACCUUCACAUGAGGGGACUGUGAGGAGAGCUGUGAAUCAGCUGGAGGAGACGCUCAGUGAACUGAUGAAGAAGCUGCUUGAGGCCGAGCUGAAGAGGGUCCAGCAGUAUGCAGUGGAUGUGACACUCGAUCCUGAUAUUUCUCAGCCUGAGAAGGUGGGGGUGUUUGUGGAUUAUGAGGAGGGUCUGGUCUCCUUUUAUGACGUUGAUGCUGCAGCUCAUAUCUACUCCUUUACUGGCUGCCGCUUCACUGAGAAACUCUACCCGUACUUUAGUCCCUGUCCGAAUGAUGGUGCUGCUCCACCCACCAAGGACUGGACAGAAGUCAGCGUCCGUCCACCUUCAUAUGAGGGGACUGUGAGGAGAGCUGUGAAUCAGCUGGAGGAGACGCUCAGUAAACAGAUGAAGAAGCUGUUUGAGGCCGAGCUGAAGAGGGUCCAGCAGUAUGCAGUGGAUGUGACACUCGAUCCUGAUACAACACAUCCCUUGCUCAUCUUCUGA